UUCGCAGGGCGUCCUCUCGGGCCGGAGCGAGGCGAGACGCGAGCUGGAGCUCGCCAUGCCCGGAGCCCAGAGGAGGCGAUUCAGGCUCCUCGGUCACCUGCUGCUGGCUGCCGCCUCACGGAGGCCAUGGCCGAGUCGACUUUAGAGCUCAAGCCUCCUUGCUCCAGCCGGGACUCGUCGCUCCGCCCGGGGGGGACUGACGCCCUGUGACCCAGUGGAAGAAGGAUGUCCCCCCAUCUGUAUGAGUUCCAUCUUCCCCUAUCCCCAGAGGAGUUGUUGAAAAGUGGAGGUGUGAAUCAGUAUGUUGUCCAGGAGGUGCUACCCGUCAAGCAUCUGCCGACCCAGCUUAGAGCAUUUCAGGCUGCAUUUCGAGCUCAGGGACCUCUCGCUAUGCUGGAGCACUUUGAUACCAUCUACAGCAUUUUACAUCACUUUCGAAGUAUAGAUCCUGGCCUCAAAGAAGAUACUCUGGAAUUCCUGAUAAAAGUGGUAUCCCGGCACUCCCAGGAGCUUCCAGCCAUCCUGGAUGAUACGUCCUUGAGUGUGUCCAAUAGACACGCCCAUCUAAAUGCCCUCAAAAUGAACUGCUAUGCCCUGGUACGCCUAUUGGAAUCGUUUGAGACUCUCACCAGCCAGACAAGCUUCAUUGACCUGGAUGUGGGUGGGAAGGGUAAGAAGGCUCGUACCCGGGCAGCCCACGGCUUUGACUGGGAGGAGGAGAGGCAGCCUGUUCUUCAGCUCUUGGCCCAGCUUCUCCAACUGGACCUUCGCCGGCUGUGGAGCCACUCAGAAACUGAGGAGGAGUUUGUCAGUUUGGUGACUGGCUGUUGCUACCGCCUUCUGGAAAAUCCCACCAUCGGUCACCAGAGGAGCCGCCCCACCCGGGAAGCCAUCACGCACCUGCUUGGGGUGGCCUUGAUGCGUUACAACCACAUGCUCAGUGCCACGGUGAAGAUCAUCCAGAUGCUGCAGCACUUUGAACACCUGGCAUCUGUAUUGGUGACAGCCGUGAGUGUGUGGGCAACUAACUAUGGAAUGAAGAACAUAGUGGGAGAGAUUGUAAGAGAGAUUGGGCAGAAGUGCUCCCAGGAGCUGAGUCGGGACUCAUCAGGAGCUAAGGGCUUGGCAGCGUUCCUCGCAGAACUAGCAGAGCGGGUCCCAGCGGUCCUGAUGUCCAGCAUGUGCAUGCUGCUAGACCACCUGGAUGGAGAGAACUACAUGAUGCGCAACGCUGUGCUGGCGGCCAUGGCGGAGAUGGUGCUGCAGGUCCUGAAUGGUGACCAGCUGGAAGAAACGGCCCGAGAGACUAGAGACCAGUUCCUAGACACCCUUCAAGCGCACGGCCACGACGUCAACUCCUUUGUUCGAAGCCGGGUUUUGCAGCUCUUUAGCCGAAUUGUCCAGCAGAAGGCCCUUCCACUGACACGUUUCCAGGCAGUGGUGUCCUUAGCAGUGGGACGUCUGGCAGACAAGUCAGUGCUAGUAUGUAAAAAUGCCAUUCAGCUGCUGGCCAGCUUUCUAGCCAAUAAUCCCUUCUCCUGCAAGCUGAGUGACGCUGACCUUGCUGGACCGCUGCAGAAGGAGACCCUGAAAUUACGAGAAAUGAGAGCCCAGAGACGAUCCACAGCUGCUUCUGCGGCGAUAGACCCGGAGGAGGAGUGGGAAGCCAUGCUGCCAGAACUGAAGGCCACCCUGCAGCGACUUCUGCAGCGCCCCCAGGAAGAAGAGGAGAGGCCCCAGCAAAUCAGGGGUGCGGAGUCGGCCGAAGAGGUGAAAGGGCGCAUCCGCCAGCUCCUCGCCAGAGCGAGUUACAAGCAGGCCAUCAUUCUCACGAAAGAAGCCACAAGCCACUUCCCGGAAUCUGAACCCUUCAGUAACAGAGACCCAGAGGAGUCAGAGGAGACCAGGUUCCUGAAUCUCUUGGGAAUCAUUUUCAAAGCUUCCACGCAGGAGUCCCACGGGAACGGGGUCCCAGAAGAGCCUGUCUCUAAGGCCACCCCCUGUGAGCGUGAGCCCGAGGGGUCCGGAGGGACGGAUGAGCUGGCAAAGCAGGAGAUGCUGGUGCAGUACCUGCAGGACGCCCACAGCUUCUCGCGGAAGAUUACAGAAGCCAUUGGCAUCAUCAGCAGGAUGAUGUAUGAACACACGACGACAGUGGUGCAGGAGGUGAUUGAAUUCUUUGUGAUGGUAUUCCAAUUUGGGGUACCCCAGGCUGUGUUUGGGGUGCGCCGCAUGCUGCCUCUCAUCUGGUCUAAGGAGCCUGGUGUCCGAGAAGCUGUACUUAAUGCCUACCGCCAAAUUUACCUCAGCCCCAAAGGGGAUUCUGCCAGAGCCAAGGCCCAGGCUUUGAUUCACAAUCUCUCUGUGUUGCUAGUGGACGCUUCAGUUGUGACCGUCCAGUGUCUUGAGGAAAUCCUCUGUGAGUUUGUGCAGAAGGAUGAACUGAAGCCAGCGGUGACCCAGCUGCUGUGGGAGCGCAUCACAGAGAAGGUCCCCUGCUCUCCUCUGGAGCGCUGUUCCUCUGUCAUGCUCCUCGGCAUGAUGGCACGAGGAAAACCGGAAAUUGUAGGGAGCAACUUAGACAUCCUGGUAAGCGUAGGGCUGGCAGAGAAGUUUCCACAGGACUACAGGCUGGCCCAGCACGUGUGCCAUGCCAUUGGCAACAUCUCAGACAGGAGGAAGCCUUCCCUAGGCAAACGUCACCCUCCCUUCCGCCUUCCUCAGGAACACAGGUUGUUCGAGCGACUUCAGGAGAUGGUCACAAAAGGCUUUGCUCACCCCGACCCUCUGUGGAUCCCAUUCAAGGAGGGGGCAGUGACCCUGACCUACCAACUGGCCGAGAGCCCCGACGUGAUCUGUGCCCAGAUGUUGCAGGGCUGUGCAAAGCAGGCCCUGGAGAGGCUGGAGGAGCAAAGCGCUGCCCAGGAGGGCUCCGAGGAAGCUGUCCCCACACUCCCCACCUUCCUGCUCAUGAACCUGCUGUCACUGGCCGGGGAUGUGGCCCUGCAGCAGCUGGUGCAUCUGGAACAGGCAGUGAGUGGAGAGCUGAGCCGGCGGCGGGUUCUUCGCGAAGAACAGGAGCAGAGGGCCAAGGCCCCCAAGGAGAAGAAUACAAGCUCUGAGACAACCAUGGAGGAAGAGCUGGGGCUGACCGGAGCCACUGCCGAUGACACUGAGGCAGAACUCAUCCGCAGCAUCUGUGAGGUGGAACUGCUGGAUGGCAAGCAGGUCCUGGCCGCCUUCGUUCCACUUGUGCUCAAAGUCUGCAGCAGCCCCGGCCUCUAUAGCAGCCCCGACCUGUGUGCAGCCGCCUCGCUGGCCCUGGGCAAGCUCUGCAUGGUCAGUGCCACUUUCUGCGACUCCCAGCUUCGCCUUUUAUUCACCAUGCUUGAAAAGUCCUCACUUCCCACUGUCCGCUCGAACCUCAUGGUUGCCACUGGGGACCUGGCCAUCCGCUUCCCCAACUUGGUGGACCCCUGGACACCUCAUCUGUAUGCUCGCCUCCGAGACCCCGCUCAGCAGGUGCGGAAGACAGCAGGGCUGGUGAUGACCCACCUGAUCCUGAAAGACAUGGUGAAGGUGAAGGGCCAGGUGAGCGAGAUGGCUGUGCUGCUCAUCGACCCCGAGCCUCCCAUUGCGGCCCUAGCCAAGAACUUCUUCAAUGAGCUCUCCCACAAGGGCAAUGCAGUCUACAAUCUCCUUCCCGAUAUCAUCAGCCGCCUGUCAGACCCUGAGGGCGGAGUGGAGGAGGAGCCCUUCCGCACCAUCAUGAAGCAGCUCCUGUCCUAUGUCACCAAGGACAAGCAGACGGAGAGCUUAGUGGAGAAGCUGUGUCAGCGCUUCCGCACAGCCCGAACCGAGCGGCAGCACCGGGACCUGGCUUACUGCGUGUCCCAGCUGCCCCUCACGGAGCGGGGCGUCCGUAAGAUGCUCGACAACUUCGACUGCUUUGGAAACAUGCUGUCAGACGAGUCCAUCUUCAGCGCUUUUCUGUCAGUUGUGGGCAAGCUGCGGCGCGGGGCCAAGCCCGAGGGCAAGCCCAUCAUAGAUGAAUUUGAGCAGAAGCUUCGGGCCUGUCACACGCGGGGCUUGGACGCACUAGAGGAGCUUGAGAAUGACGAUGAACGGAGCCAGAGGGCUCCAUCAGCCAGGAAACCUUCCGCCGCCUCCCGGCAGCAGCCUCUGACUUCUGCCCCCUCUGACGACGACUUCGCCACACCUGGACCUCGGCGCACCUGCCGCCGGCUCCCAAGCACUCAGCAGCGCAGACCCAAGAGUAAACCCAAGGUGGUCUUCUCCAGCGACGAGUCCAGUGAGGAGGAGCUUUCAGCUGAGAUGACAGAAGAUGAGACCCCCAAGAAAACCACCCCCAUCCGCAGAGCCUCCGUCCGCAGGCGGCAGCCCUAGGAGCUGUGGUCCUGCCCCCGUCCCUGCUGGGCAGGGCAUCUUCAAGGACGCAGCCUCCGGCUCCUCCCUUGUGCAGUGCACUUGCCGCCUCCGCUCGGUUUUAAACUGCAAACCGCACACAGCUGCUUUCACUCUGCCGCAGAUGUUUGCCUUGUUUUCUAAUGAAUAAAUGUUUUUAAAUCCUUUUAA